CGUCCAUUUUUUUGGGUUCAUCCAAGUGACAGCGGUUUCCUUUUCGGGGAAAUUUUGCAUCCAGUUUCCAUCCAUCUAGUUUUUCUGUCCAGCUGUCUAAAAUUGGGUGUGCAGAGACUAGGUUGAUCUGUGACAAUAAUAUAUAACCAACGGAGAAGUAUGUAUUCGCCGAAUACCAGCAGCAAUACGACGACGAGUUCAGGAUAUACGACGAAUGCAGCAACACCAUCCAAAAAACGAUCCAAAAACCUUGCUCGAGAACUGGACCACCUCGUCAAUUACAAUGGCAAACGAGCCAAGCGUGAUUUACCUAAAUGUCCGGUGUGCCAGCAACGCAUCGAUAUCGACCAUUGGGCCGCCCAUUACCAGUAUGAACUCUCUCGACUGAACGAACCGACGUCGGAAGUAUUCUCGGAUCCUUUAGAUAAAACGAAAGGGAAGCGGGGUGCGGCUGUGCAUGCCCGGCAACAGCUGGGACGAUGGACCGGCAAGAAGAAGACAAGUUCCGUGUAUGAGGAGACCCUGGAAAAGAUUCAGAAAAAUCGCGCAAGUCGCAAAGAAGCAAUCAAACGCAUGGACGCCCCUCGAACCGUCGAAGAAGCCUUUACAGCCGACGAUGAGUCGUUUGCCCUAAGUCAAGCCAUGUUGGAGGAUACAGCUGUGCAGACGUGCUUUAUUUGCAACGAGACGUUGCAUGGCGAUUCGGAAGCGGUCAAUUUACACAUUGAUCAUUGUCUGGCGAAUAUGGGGAACGAAGCCUCUACAGAGACCGAGCAAACGAGUGCGAGUAUGCAAUCAUCUGUGUCGCCGCCGCCGGCGGAGAAUGGCUGGGAAGAGUAUGAAUGGGCUGGACAACGACGUGUACGUGCGACGGCCAUGAUGGAAGGCGGGUACGGCGGUGCCGGUUUUGCCACUACCAGUAAAGGAGACGACGUGGAUGAAGACCUGGAUGUGGAAGAGGAUGAUGACGACCAGUACGGCGGAACCCAGUAUACGGAACGAGAUAUCGUUGUGAACGAUGAGAAUGAGAACGAAGAGGUUUUGGCUCUGCGAGAAAUGGUGACGAGCGGAGUGACCAGUGGUGUGGCAAGAAGUGCGGCAGCAGUGGUAGGUUCCGAAGAAACCGAUUCUGUUCGCAGCGGGUUCGAAGAAACGGUGUCGGAUAUUGGCUGGGAAAGACAUUUAGCCCGUGAAACUGUCCUCGACAGCGGAGGUCAUGCAGGUUCUCGUCUGGUCAUUGAGUCGCUGAAAUCACGUAUCCAUCAAUUGGAAGCUGCAUCGCGAUCGGCUCCUCGUUGUUUAAUAUGCCUAGAGCCUUACAAAACACCCGUGGUCUCAAUUGUAUGCUGGCACGUCCAUUGUGAACAAUGUUGGCUGCAAACCUUAGGGUCGAAAAAGUUAUGCCCACAAUGUCAAAAGAUCACCACCCCUGCCGAUCUUCGUCGUAUUUAUUUGUAAAACUUUCCCCUUUUUUUUCUCUGUUCUACUUUAUCAUUUUUCUGUACAUUAUUCACAUCAAGUUCCUUGUUUUUCUCCUUUUUUUUCUUUGUUCCAAAAUCUGUAAUAUAUUACUGCGCAAAGACGAUACCAAUAGAAUUGAAUUUUUUCCAAUU